AUGGUGCUUGCGGAUCUUGGGCGGCGCUUGAAUCAAGCAUUCAGUGAUCUGCAGCGGCAGCCUGUGGUUGAUGAAGGUACAAUUGACCUUUUGUUGAAGAGUGUGUGCAAUGCGCUGCUCGCGAGUGAUGUGAGUGUCAAAUUAGUACAGUCGCUUCGGCAGAGCGCCAAGUCCGAGGUCCAAUCGGUGUUGGACAGCAAAGGCGAGCAUAUGAACGAUGCACAGCGCCGAAAUCAGGUGCAGCGCAUCAUUUUCGAUCAUCUUGUCAAAUUGGUCGAUCCUGGAGAGGAUAACACGCCGCACCGACUUGAAAAAGGCAAACAGAAUGUGGUCAUGUUUGUCGGUCUCCAGGGCAGUGGGAAAACCACCUCCUGUACCAAGCUUGCGCUUUGGUAUCAGAAACGUGGGUACAAGACUGGUCUUGUCUGUGCAGACACGUUCCGUGCCGGUGCAUUUGACCAAUUGAAACAAAACGCUGCAAAAGCCUCGAUACCGUUCUACGGCUCCUAUACAGAGACUGACCCGGUCGCGAUUGCCGCUACCGGAGUUGCGGCCUUCAAAAAGACCCGUUUCGACGUAAUCAUUGUUGAUACGUCUGGCCGACACAAGCAGGAAAAGGAUUUGUUUGCCGAGAUGGUAGAUAUCAGCGCAGCAAUCAAGCCGACGCAGACCAUCAUGGUCCUUGAUGCUAGCAUUGGCCAGGCUGCUGAGGCGCAAAGCCUUGCAUUCAAGGAAGCUGCUGGGUAUGGUGCUCUAUUUGUGACCAAACUCGAUGGUCAUGCCAAAGGUGGCGGUGCGAUUACUGCCGUCGCUUCCACCAACACCCCCAUCAUUUUCAUAGGCACGGGUGAGCACAUUCAUGAUCUGGAGCCGUUCCGUGCGCGUCCGUUUAUUUCCAAGAUGCUGGGCAUGGGUGAUUUAUCUGGUUUUAUGGACAGUGUUGAGGAAGUACAGAUGAACACAGAGACGCAGCAGCGGCAAAAGGAUAUGCUGAAAAAGAUCUCGGAGGGCGGUACAUUUUCCAUCCGCGAUUGGCGCGAACAAUUGACAAGCAUCAUGAACAUGGGCCCCAUGUCGAAGCUUGCGGGGAUGAUUCCCGGCAUGGGCCAAAUGAUGGGCGGCGAUGGAGACGCGAUGGCAGGUGGAAAAAUGAAGAGUAUGCUCUACAUUAUCGACAGCAUGACGCCGGCAGAACUGGAUUCCGAUGGUAGUUGCUUUACCGUUCCGGUCAAGGAUGAGGGCGCUAAAGAGGUCAAAGAUCCGAAAUCCAAACCGCCGCUUCGCCCAACUGCUCGUGUAUACCGCGUGGCGAAAGGGAGUGGUACGAGUGUGCGCGAAGUGGAAGAAUUCUUGGUACAGUAUCGCACCGUCGCUCGUAUGGUGAAGAAGAUGGGUGGCAAAGACGGAUUUUUGAAACAGAUGCAAGGUGGACGCGGCGGCACCCCCAUGCUUCCUCCCGGCGUAUCACGCGAUCAGGCGAUGAAGAUGCAAAACGCGCUUCCGCCUGAAAUUAAGGCGCAGUUGCGCCAGCCCGGCGGACGCGAAAAGUUAAUGCAGCAACUGCAGAGUGGAAAUAUCCCGCCGUCCAUGGCCGGAAUGGGUGGCUUGCCUGGGAUGGGCGAUAUGCAAGGCAUGCCAGAUAUGUCACAAAUGCAAGAAAUGAUGCAGGCAUACUUUCUGCGGUACCCUAAUCCACGCGCAACACAUGUACUUACCUCGGACGUCGUAGACCGGCGUAUCGAGCAGCGGCCCCCACGCACUCCGUCCAGCCCACCGUCUUACGUCCUCUGCACGUCUCGCCUGAUGCUCAAGCGUGGAUCCUUACCUGGCUGGGCACCGAAAAAUAUCAUCCGAAACACUGAAUCAUGGGUGCUGGAGGAGAGCGAGACGGACUUGGACGCUACAUCGCAGGUGGCGCAGCGUACCAUGUCUGUAUGGACAAGAAACCUGGACCAUACUUCCGUGCUCGCUGUGACGGAAGGCAUACAGCUUGUCGAGGAAGACAGCUCUAGUAUUCUAGCAAAAACAGGCUGCAUCACAACAGCAGAUAUUCGCUCCAGUAUCUCGUUUGGCAUGCUUCGGCGGCGUAUUGAAAAAUUUGGUUUUAAACGCUUCCUCACGCACAAAGAUACUUCGCGCGAAGGUUUGGUGUGGUCUAUUGAGCGCUUGCCACACUUGCUGGAUCCGAGCAAUGCAAGCGCAGAGCACCGUGCAGAAAGUGCGCCGCAAAGUACGCGCUCCAGAUUACUGCAUGCGCUUCGCCCACCGUUCCUGGAUGGAUACCCCUUGGGGCCUGUGCAAUGGGUAAAAAAAAGAAUGGGAUCAAUGUCGGCCGGUAUCUGGUCCUAG